AUGGGGGUUCGGUUUUGUAAAGAGGGCCAUUUAAUUCAAAUUGUCAUUGAGGACUAUGAAGAAAUAACUAUGAUGACGAAGAAAGAGCAGCAGAAGAAAAGAGAGAACACUAAAAAUGGAAGAAGAGAAAGAGCAGCCAAGAAGAUCCAGGCCUGGUGGCGUGGCACCCUGGUGCGCCGGACACUGUUGCAUGCAGCCCUGAGCACUUGGAUCAUUCAGAGCUGGUGGAGGCUGACGAUGGACAGGCUGCUGCAGAAGAAGCGGAGGGCAGCCCUGAUCGCCUAUGCACACAGAGAGAGGGCGGUGGUCAAGCUCCAGUCUUUGGUUCGUAUGUGGCGCAUCCACUGGCGAUACUGCCAGGUGCUCAGUGCCAUCUAUGUCAUCCAGCACCACUGGCAGUGCCACAACUGCCAGACCUGUGCCCUCCUCCGGGGCCACUGUGUAGUCACAGCCACUCACCUGCAGUUUCACAUUGAGAUCAUUAACCCCUAA